UGCUUGGGGGAAAACAAAAACAAAUAAAUAAAUAUGUCUAGUCUUAGAAUAUGGCUUUAUGCCCCGAUGAUAUUCCCUUCACUUCCUGAUCACAUUUCCCACUUACCUACUCCCAUCCUACGUGGGAUUGAGCUGGCGCCUGUGCAGUUUUCUUUCUUGCCGAACCUCAUUCUCUAAAAGAUCUUCAUUCGAUACAGACGUUUCCUGAGCAUCGCCGUAAGACAUCUCAACAUUUCCACAUCAGUUUUGCUCAACGAUAACACUCUCUUCGAAUGUGAUUCAUAUUGAAGAAAGUAGCUUAUAAAUAGGUUUUCAUGGACGUAGACUAUGUCCACAGGUUUCGAGAGCCGCCAUUCACCCCACCCUUGGCUCACAGAAAAACUACAGGCAUUCUCAUAGCAGUACCGUUUGUUGUUUGCUUCACAAUCUUUGGAACCUUCAAUCUCGUUGGUGGAACAGUUUUGACUAUCAUGGCAUGCUCAUCACAGCUUACACCAAAGGCAAAAGCAAUGAUACAGAGACUUGUACGUCGAGCAAACAUUAAACUACAACCCCAAAUCAAUCCCAUGCAAGUUGUUGGCAUCAUUCUGCUUCUAACAGGCUCUCUUUUGGUCAUCAUUGGUCUAGCUUUGGGUGUUAUAGCUUGUAGGUCUGUCGAUGAACACGAACGUCGAAGGAACGAGCGACUAGGUCUCUCUCACUCCGGAAUUCCACUUUUCAGCUUAGCUGAACGAAGCAGCCGCCAAGCUUUAUCGCUUUGUUCGACAUCAAUGGGUUCAAAUCGGAGUCGUAAUGGCAAAAGAUCUUUGGUAUCGGAAAAAACUGUCUCGCCAAUAUUGGAAGUGACAAGUGAAGAAGAAAAUAUGGAUCAGGAAGAGGCGAAAAAGAAAAGAAAAUCAGAAGUCGAAUUUAUUUUACCCACUUACGACAAAGUUCGUAGAUCUAGUAGAGAAGCAGAAAUUGACUCAAAGGUUGAGCUUUUGUCUGAGAUGAAUUUAGCCUCUUCAGAACCCCAGACACCUACGUUCCAUCCAACUUCGAACAAAUUAAGUGUUGAAGUUCAAGUUGAAACUGAACCGCUGGUGCUAGACCAAAAUAUUACAGAAUCCGAUUUAUAAUGAUUAAAAAGUGAGGGAGAAUCCUUACAUUCAUACGUUUUAGUAUGAGUAAGUAUCGAAGAUUUUAACCAAUGGUAUAAAAUGGUACCAUUUUAACCCAUGGUAUUUCGGUGAAAAUACGCAUUAAGACUUUUCUUUGAACCCAUCUGGGUGACAUUUACGAGGAAGAGAUUCUUGGAAAGCUGAAUAAUUGAAAAUUUGUAAGGUUCAGAAGAAUUUCUUUUUAAAAAAAAUUCAGGCAUUUGAUGUAAAUGUAUCCCAAAACAAAAUUUCAUGAAACAAAAUGUCACGUAGACAAAAUUUUUUGAAGGAAGUUAUUUCUUCAGCAAAAUAUCGUUUAAAUAAAAUAUAUCAAAAAUUAGACCAGUGGUAUAAACUAUACAAUUUUAACCAGUGGUAUACUAUUUUAACCAGUGGUAUAAAAUUUCAUGAAGCAAAAUAUCAUGCAAAUAAAAUUUUGGGAAGCAAAAUAUAGUUUCAAUAAAGUAUCAGCAAAUUAAUCAAUGAUAUAAAUCAUGCCAUUUUAACCAAUAGUAUUUUGGUAAAGAUACAUAUUAAAACUUUAAUUUGAAACCAACUGAACAACAUUUAAGAAGAAUAGAUUCUUGGCAAGCUAAAUCAAUGAAAGUUUUUUGAGUUGAAUGCAAGCUGAACUAAUGAAAUCUAAACUAAUGAAAGUUUUCGAUCUCGAUGUAUCACAAAAUAAAAUUUCAUGAAACAAAAUAUCACGCAAAUAAAAUUUCGUGUAACAAAAUAUUUCUUUGACAAAAUAUCGGUUAAAUAAAGUAACAAAAAUUGACGUGUGUAUAAAAAUUACAAUGUACAAAAUAUUGGAUGGAGGCAGAUUGCGAUAUCCCACUCGUAAAAAAUUUCGAUUCAAAAAUUUUGAGACAUUUUAAGUAAUGUAGUUUCCCCUUUUUCCUUUUCACCAGAUUUUAAAGAAAUGUUAUUUCUGUAACAUUUUGUCUAUGCAAUAUUUUGUCUAUGCGAUAUUUUUUCCUUCGAAUAAUCAACCCAAAAGUAUUUCUGUUUUUAUAAUUUAGUAUUGAUAAAUAAUAACAUGUCAACAAAGUAGCAAACAGAAAUAUUGAUCCAUAUCAGAAAGACAAGCGUCAAUAAAAUAAGUAUUGUAAAAAUUUUUGUGGUGCUCUUAAUAAUACUAUUAAUAUGAUAUAGAUGUUUGAUGUUGUGUGUAUUGAUGUUUGACUUGAAUAUCAGCAGGACUUAUAAAUGUUUUAUUUCAGAAUAAUCAAAUGGAAUCAUCAAAAUAGCAUGAACAACUUCACAUAGCAUUAUAAAAAUGUCUACUGCGUAUUCGUGAGACAGUUUCUUUAUUUGAAAUUUCUCUUUUCCA